GGCAGGGGCUAAGUGUUCGACAACGCCAAGGCCCACGUGCCGGCACUAGUAAAAGUAAAUAGACUAAUCCCGUCUAGAAAUGCCGGUAAGGGGAGACUCGGACUCGGAUUCUGAAGAUGACGCCCAGCUGCGUCGGCUUCGGGAGGCAGCUGACACUUCUCUGCUCACGAACUCAAUGUUUCAAGAGCAAUCCCAACCAGCAAAACAGUCAGAGCGAGAUAACCAGCCCCGAGAGAUCACCAACAGGCAGCAGGAUCCCGUCUCAGCCAAAAGCGAACGCUAUUUGGAGGAGCAAGAGCCCGCUACGUGUGACCUAAAAGUAACUCAGGAGAUGCAGAGGCAUAUUUGGAGCCGGUUAAGUAAUAUUAUCCAGCAGCAAAUCGAAUUCUGCGAAGAAGAAAAGCGCCCUCUUGGAAAUAAGAAGUCUGUUCCCGAUAGGGUGAAGCUUGUUUCCACGGCCGAUUGUUAUCUAAGUGCAGAUGUAGUGAUAGAAGGGCCUCAAGGUCCCCAGAAAAAACCCAACAUCAUGAAGCGUUUGCUUCCUGAAGACGAAUCCUCCAAAGAACACAAUGCCAACUUGCGCUUGAUAUCAGUCAGUGGUGAGUCUGUGCUUGAUGGAAAGGAUCUGCGCUUCUGGGCUCCGAAGAAAAUACGGGCUGACAAGAUAUUUGAAUACAAGGCGCAGGGAUCCAAACUACUGGCUGUGGAACCCGAUAAUGAAUUCACAGAGCGCCGAAGAAAAAACAAAUGGGACGAGUCCAAGAUUAGAAAAAGGAAGAAAAAUAAACAAUAGAUAUAUUCUUAAAGUGUAAA